AUGAAUGGCCGGAACAUGGAGGAGAUGCCAUUCGAAAGAGUCAAGACCCGGCGGAGGAAGGGUCACUGCCCGGCAGGUGCACCCCUGGGCGCCAUUGCCUGCGAGGAUGAGUUCAGCAGCCAGGAGCUGGAGGCUCUCUUCCAGAACUACAACCUGAAGCUGGAACAGACCGCCACCCUCAAAGCGCUCGCGGUGCUCAUCGUCGCCGCGUCGUCGUUGUCCCUUGUGGAGCUGCUGUCCAGCCCGCGCCUCACCUUGUCCAAGGGCUCCUACCCGGUGCACUGCGUGGUGUUCCUGUCGCUGUUCAUCGUCACGAACGUCAAGUACCUGCAGGUGACGCAGCUGCAGCAGAUCGCGAAGCUGGCGCUGCUCUUCAGCUUCACCUUUGCGCUGCUCUGCUGUCCGUUCCCGCUGGCGCUCGGCACGUCGGAGCUGCUGAGCGCCGCUGCCCCUGAGCAAGGCGUGUGGCAGCUAAUGCUGGUCACCCUCGUGGCUUACGUGCUGCUGCCGGUGCGAACGCUGCUGGCGGUGCUGUUCGGGGUCAUGCUGGCUACGUCUCACUUUAUUGUCAUAGCGACGUCGUUCACGGGAAGGAAACAGAAGCUGUGGAGACCGCUGGUGGCCAACGCGGUGCUGUUCACCAGCGUCAACUUGUCGGGGGUGUUUGUGAGGAUUCUCACCGAGCGCACCCAGAGGAAAGUCUUCCUGCAAGCCCGCAACUGCAUCGAGGAGCGGCUCAGACUGGAGGAUGAGAAUGAGAAGCAGGAGCGUCUUCUAAUGAGCCUACUGCCCAGGAAUGUUGCCAUGGAGAUGAAAGAGGACUUCCUGAAGCCGCCUGAGCGAAUCUUUCACAAGAUCUACAUCCAACGUCAUGACAAUGUCAGCAUCCUGUUUGCAGACAUUGUGGGUUUCACCAGCUUGGCUUCUCAGUGUACUGCUCAGGAACUGGUCAAACUGCUCAACGAACUCUUUGGGAAGUUUGAUGAACUGGCUACGGAGAAUCACUGUAGGCGGAUAAAGAUCCUGGGGGACUGUUACUACUGUGUGUCAGGACUGACCCAACCCAAGGCAGACCACGCCCACUGCUGUGUGGAGAUGGGACUGGACAUGAUUGACACGAUCGCGUCCGUGGUGGAGGCGACGGAGGUGGAUCUGAACAUGCGUGUUGGUCUGCACACAGGACGGGUGCUGUGUGGCGUGCUGGGCCUCAGGAAAUGGCAGUAUGACGUCUGGUCAAACGAUGUCACACUGGCAAAUGUGAUGGAGGCCGGAGGGCUGCCUGGCAAGGUGCACAUCACAAGGACCACCCUGGAGUGUUUGAAUGGAGACUACGAGGUGGAGCCCGGCUUCGGUCACGAGAGGCAUGCCUUCCUCCAGAAACAUCACAUAGAGACAUUUUUCAUCGUGCCAUCACACAGGCGCAAAAUCUUUCCAGGUCUUAUUCUGUCAGACAUCAAACCAGCCAAGAGGAUGAAGUUUAAGACGGUAUGCUACCUGCUGGUGCAGCUCAUGCACUGUAGGAAGAUGUUCAAGGCCGAGAUCCCCUUCUCCAACGUCAUGACUUGCGAGGAUGACGACAAGCGGAGAGCCCUGCGGACUGCGUCAGAGAAGCUGAGGAGCCGGACGUCCUUCUCAGCCACUGCUGUGCAGCACUCGCCGGGAACACGAGUCAACCGCUACAUUGGGCGGCUCAUUGAAGCGCGGCAAACCGAGUCAGAGACAACAGAUCUCAACUUCAUCACUCUGUUCUACAGGAGCAGAGACAGGGAGCGCAGGUAUCACCAGGUGUAUGACGACCAUUUCAUCAGUGCGGUGGUUCUCUCUCUGAUCCUCGCUGCUCUGUUUGGCCUUAUCUAUUUGCUAAUGAUCCCACAGGGGAUGCUGGUGCUGCUGCUGCUGGUGCUGUGUGUGUGUUUCCACGUGGCCUGUGUCAUGUACCUGCAUCUCACCAGUGUUCAGUGCCAACCGGGCUGCCUCACCAUCCAGAUCCGAACAGUGCUGUGUGUCUUCCUUGUUCUUCUUACCUACUCUGUAACCCAGGCCUGUGUGGUGGGAUGUGUUCCUUGGGGGAGAGUUGGGACAAACUCCAGCCUCUCGGUGGAGGACGUCUCUGCAGAUGCCAACAGCACAGUGGCGGACAGAGCUUGUACCAACAUGGCGUACGCCCUGCUGUCCUGCGUGGCCGGCACCCUCACUCUCGUCCCCUACCUCCGAGUAUCCUCGCUCCCCAAGAUCCUCCUCCUCCUCCUCCUCUCGGUCACCUACACUGUCGUCAUGGAGACCAGUGGCUAUCGCCAAGCUGUGGGAGGAGGGUUUCUCCACACACGCGGGUAUGAUCCCGUGUUGGCUGCCUUGCUGUUUUCAGGAGCCCUGGCUCUGCAUUCAAGACAGCUGGACCUGAAGCUGCGGCUCGACUAUCUCUGGGCCACUCAGGCGGAGGAGGAGAGAGGCGACAUGGAGAAGGUGAAGCUGGACAACAAAAGGAUCCUGUUCAACCUGCUUCCAGCUCAUGUGGCUCAGCACUUCCUCAUGUCAAACCCCAGGAACAUGGACCUGUACUAUCAGUCCUACGCUCAGGUCGGGGUGUUGUUCGCCUCCAUCGCCAACUUCAACGACUUCUACAUCGAGCUGGACGGGAACAACAUGGGCGUCGAGUGUCUCAGGCUGCUCAAUGAGAUCAUCGCCGACUUUGAUGAGCUGAUGGACAGAGAGUGCUACAGGGAUAUUGAGAAAAUCAAGACUAUUGGCAGUACAUACAUGGCUGCAGUAGGGCUGGUUCCUACAACUGCCUCCAAGGUGAAGAAGUCCAUCACCUCACAUUUAUGCACAGUGUCAGAUUUUGCCAUCGACAUGUUCGACGUCCUGGAUGCCAUCAACUACCAGUCUUACAACGACUUUGUCCUGAGAGUAGGUAUCAAUGUGGGACCAGUGGUGGCAGGAGUGAUCGGAGCCAGAAGACCUCAGUACGACAUCUGGGGAAACACAGUGAACGUAGCCAGCAGGAUGGACAGCACUGGAGUACAAGGGAAGAUACAGGUGACGGAGGACGUCCAUCGCCUCAUCACAGACUACUACAACUUUGUCUGCCGGGGCCAGGUCAGCGUGAAGGGCAAAGGUCAGAUGCUCACGUACUUUCUGGAAGGGCGCAGACAAGGCAGCAGGCCGUCUCAACUCCAGCAGCAGCCUGGCAACGCCGAGCGCCGGUCGAGUGCGUUCGCCCAGGGCAGUGUGUGCACAAGGCUGAGCCCCGCCCCCACCGUCACUACCUAUGCCACCACCAGGACCCUGAGCCCGAGCACAGCCAAGGCGACCACCUCCACAAGCACCACCAGGUACCUGCCCUCUGUCCCCAUGGCAACGGUGUGAUGGAUCUCCAUGGUGAGCAUGGAUAAAAAGAAAAUGAGAGGUGGAUGGUCAACAAGACAGCAGUAGCAGUUUAUUAAAAAAUGAAAAAGCAGAGCUGACCUCCACUCUUCUUCUUCUGUCUGAGGGAUGCAGCUGAGACACACAUCGCCCAAUGGGAGGCCUGGACUCAGGGCCUGGACUUCUAGGACUGAGGUGGCCUCGGUGGGACUCUCCCUGCACACUCGAGCUCUGUUUGUUGUUUGACGCCGCGGGGUGUCGUGAACAGGAUACAGGAUGCUUUAGCCACGUUGCUCUAUGAACCAAUCAGAGUCAACUCCCAAAACUGUUUCCACAACUAUAAUAAAUCAGCAUCGAAAUCCAAACAAUUGCACAAUUGAUAGUGUAGCACGCAAGCCUCAUCCGGAAAAUUCCUUUAACUACUUUAGCUGACCCUUUUCUCUCAGUAUCAAACCAAAUCAGUGCUGUUGCCUUAGCGACCACUCCUCACAAUGAGUUUCUUGCCAUCUUUUCUGUUGCCUUUUAGAUCCUUUACUGAUUCAUUGGACACCAAUUUAGAUGAGUUAAUCACAAGGGCAUUGCUGUCCAACACAUUUCUGUUUUUAAAGUGGAUAAAGCCAAAUGUAUUAUUGUAAACGGCAGUUAACGGUAUAAACUCGCCAAACUACAACAGGGCAUUGACCUCAAUCAUUUCGUGGACGUUUCUGCCCCUCUUCACUUUAACCCUCCAAUGGCACAUGAGGUAAACUCUUGAUUCUUUAAGUGCAUGAUGCCACUGCUGCAUUUUGGUCAUGUUUGCUGUCUGUUUUCCCUGUGAUGCUUGACUUCCAGAUUCUUCCUCGUCAAAGUGUAGCAAUAAAUCAGUUUGUCUCCUAUCUCAGCCCCACCCCCCCUCCUCCUUGCAUGCUGUAGACAGCUGGAUCCUAUAUUUUGACCUGAUAGUGUAUGUAGCCAAUAGAGCGUGCAUAG